UUCACAACAGUCCGACUGGAAACAAAAGCUUGAUCAAUGGCAGGUACUCCGUUGGCUGCAUGUAGCGUUUUACUAAAUAAUAAAACACUUAAAGUAAAUCCAAAGCGUGGAUUUAGUUGCUCAUGAAUGGACGGUGUACCUUGUCUUCGUGUGUGUUGUUGUCAGGCACAGCAGUUCAGGGUGUAUCUCCAGGCCAGGGGGAUGUUCGACCAGAGUUUUAGCUUGGUUAAACAGCCAGACGGGACAGUCCUCCUUCCUAUGUCACCAUCCUGCCUCUCACAGCUGGAUCUGCAGUCUGUCAGAAACUCUUUGUCUCCAAUUGUUUGUGAUCUCACCUGGAGUAAGUCUCCUCAGUCAAAAAAGGAGAAGGGGAGAAAAACUGUAAAUAAACUGGAGAGAGCCAUCCAGGAGUUGGUGGAGUUUCGGGGUGACACAUGGACGGAGGAGAUGAGGAGCGAUCUUCCUCUGAGCUUCCAGAGGCAUGGAGACCUCGUCCUGCUGGGUGACAGCUGCUUUACUCUGCCGAUGUGGGAUAAAAUAGGCGAUCAGUUAUGGAGUGCAGUGACCAAAGAGCUGAGGGCGAAGCGGCUUGCAAAGAUGAGUCGAAUAUCCAGGGAUGGAUUCAGGUCUCCUGUGGUAACGAUGCUGCUGGGCGACAACAGCUGGGUCAAGCAUGUGGACAAUGGCAUCAGUUAUGAGUUUGAUGUUACCAGGUGCAUGUUCUCAGCCGGGAACAUCACAGAGAAGCUCCGUGUGGCCGGAUUUGACUGCAGAGGAGAGACUGUGGUCGACCUAUAUGCAGGUAUUGGAUACUUCACUCUGCCAUAUUUGGUUCAUGCGAAGGCCCGCCAUGUUCACGCCUGUGAGUGGAACCCUGACGCCGUUGCUGCUUUACAGAAAAACCUGGAAGUAAACGGGGUGUCAGAGCGUUGCACCAUCCAUCAAGGAGACAACCGUCAAGUUCAGCUGUGUAAUAUCGCCGACCGGGUGAACCUGGGUCUCAUCCCGAGCUCUGAGGAGGGCUGGCCCGUUGCGUGUCGGCUGCUGAAGAAGACGACUGGCGGCAUUUUGCACAUUCAUCAGAACGUCACCUCUCCUUUACCGAACGCUGCUGCUGCCGACGCUGCUCCUCAAAAUGUUUCUGUAAAGAACGCUGACAGAGAGGCGUGGCGGGCCUGGGCCGGUGAUACCGCAAAACGAAUAACUUCUCUGUUCAAGGACCUCACUGGUGCAUCAUGGGAAAUAAAUAUCCAGCACAUAGAGCAUGUGAAGUCUUAUGCGCCUCAUGUACACCAUGUUGUGCUGGACUUGGACUGCAGACCGCCCUGAAUUAACACCAAAACACAGAGAAGCAGUAUUCCUACUGCAUUUAUUCCCAGGAGUAAAUAAAAUAAGGGUGCAGGGUCGGGAACGCUUUCAUUUAACCCCAUCAGGCCCGGUUUAUUUUUUCAACAAGAUACAGUAGCUUGUCUUAGGUCAAUAAUUCACCAAUAUUGAUGGAAAAACUAUGAGUUUCAUUGGCAGAUUAUGUCACUUUUCCUCAGUUAUAAGUGAAAUAGUAGAACUAGAACUUUUUCAUCAAUUGUAAGGAAUUAUUUACUUGAAAAAAGCUACUAUAUAUGUUGCUUAAAAGUUACUUGUAAAUUAGUUUGUCUUAUUUCAAGUGUACUAAGAUAUUUGGAGUAGAAAUUAGACUAAAAAUACUUGGUAAGAUUUGUUUUGUUGAACGAUAAAUUGUCCCAGAAGUUAUUGCAAUAAACAAUAAUAUUGUUGUUUUGAGACCAUUCUCAGUUAAAAAUGCAGUAACAUUCUCAAAGAUCAAUAAACACUGGAACUGGAAGACAUUUAAAAUAUCCAAAAUAAACAACAAAAACAACAAAUUAAA